AUGGCUGACUCAAAGAAUACUGCUAUUCCAGAACCAGUGGAGCAAUUCAUCAAGAACUUUUACAAGGCUUACUUGGAAAACAAUGUCUAUGAAUUACACAGCUGUUAUGAAAAUGGUUUCAACAAAUUAACAGAAUCUUAUUAUAAAAACACACCAUGGCCAGAUCCAGUUGAACAAGUUGCACCCCUAGUCAAUGAUGAUCAAAUCUUCUUGGUUUUAUACUCUGAAGUUUAUUACAGACAUGUUUAUGCUAGACUAAAUCCAACGUUAGAACAUAGAACAGGUUCUUAUAAUAACUAUUGUAAUUUGUUCAAUUUAUUAUUAAACAGUGAAGAUGGUCCAGUUACUUUUGAUUUACCACAUAAAUGGUUAUGGGAAAUUGUUGAUGAAUUCAUUUAUCAAUUCAAUCAAUUCUCAGUCUAUAGAACAAAAUUAAUCUUGAAUAAAAAAAAUGCUGAUCCAGUUGAAUUAAGUUAUGUUCAAGAACAUCAUGAAGUUUGGAGUGCUUAUUCAGUCUUGAAUGCUCUUUAUUCUUUAAUUGGUCGUUCUCAAAUUGUUGAACAAUUGAAAGAUUCAAAAUCAGUUUUAUACACAAAUAGAGUUAAUACUGAAAUUGCUGGUGAAUAUGGUUCAUUACCUUUAUACAGAAACUUGGGUUAUUUCUCAGUUAUUGGUUUACUAAGAAUCCAUACUUUAUUGGGUGAUUUCACUUUAGCUUUGAAAACAAUGGAACAUAUUGAUUUAGACAAGAGAGCUUUCUUUACCAAAAUCCCUGGUUGUCAUUUCACAACUUAUUACUAUGUUGGUUUCUGUUAUUUGAUGCUUCAUAGAUAUUCAGAUGCCAUCAAAGCAUUCUCUCACAUUUUAUUAUACAUCUCAAGAACUAAAAAUAUCAGCAGAUCUGGUCAAUAUGAUAUUGUUACCAAAAAAUCUGAACAAAUGUAUGCUUUAUUAGCUAUUUUAGUUGGUUUAGCUCCUACAAGAUUAGAUGAUACUUUAAGUAGUGGUAUUAAAGAAAAAUUUGGUGAUAAAUUUUUGAAAAUUCAAAGAGGUGGUGAAGAAUCUUUAUCAGUUUAUGAAGAUUUAUUUAAAUUUGGUUCCCCAAAAUUCAUUUCCACUUCUAUACCAAUUCCAGAUCAUGUCAAUGAUCCAUUAUAUUUACAUUUGAAGAUCUUUAUGUUGAAAGUUAAAAAUAUUGUUUUCAUUCCAACUUUGAAAUCAUAUCUUUCAUUAUAUUCUAAAUUAGAUAUCAACAAAUUAGCACAUUUCUUGGAAAUGGAUGAAAAUGAAUUAAUGUCAACUUUACUAACUUAUAAAUUGAACAACAGACAAUUGAAAUGGAUUGAUGGUGAAUUAUUAAAUGGUGAAUUUGUUAAUGUUUAUGAUUUAGAUAUUUCAUUAGAAAAUGAUGAUGGUAAAACUUUUAUUCAUGUUAAAGAAACCAAAAACAUUAGAAAAUUUGCUGACUGGUUCAUUAGAAACACAAUUAAAAACUAUAGUGCACAAGAGGUUAUCAGUAAUGCAAGCAAAGAAUCUUUUAAAGAAUCUCAACAAAAUAAUAAAAAUACCAAAAACCAUCACCACCAUCACCAAGACCAUAAAACUUCAUCUAAAUAA